AUGUGGCUGUUCUGCGAUCUCUGUGUGAAGUUAGCUCUGUUUUAUACCAGAGAUGAUCAUUCACCUGGACUUACAUUGCCAUUGGAAAAAAAGAUAAAUUCAAACGCGGCCAAACAGAAAAACUUCAUCUUAUACUGUAGUUCGUCUGAGCAUGCAUGUCUAGUUUACAUAUGGAUUGCACUUGAUUUUUUCCGCUGUUUUCGAUGAAAACUUUAGAAAAACUUAUUGAUUCAGAAAUUAUUUCUGUAAAAGCAAUCACUUUAUAUUAAAAAUAUUGCAGAUUUUAAUUGUCAUUUUAGAGUCUGCUUGAACUACUAUAUACUGUCUCCUGCAUGAAAUUUUUUUCAGUCUGUCAUCACUUGGUGAAGUGAAGAAAUAAGUUUUAUUUGUUAUUUCUGCCUCGACUAGUUUCAAAAAUGAUGGAUACAGUAAUAUGCUAUUUUCAGCUCAAAUAACAAGCAUAAUAUGCCCACAGGAUGUAAGUUUAAACAGAUGUUGCGAACGUUUUUGAAUAAAGGACAUGAUGCAUGUGCAUGUGUGUGACUGAAUGUGGGUCAAAUUGAUGCAUGAACGGCUAUGAAUUGAGUUCAUUCCUUCAUCACAUCUAAACGUGAUUUUAUAAAGUCACAACUUACUAACUAGCGAAUAUAAUAAACAUGCAGUUGGUGAGACAUUAAAAGUGGCUACCAUGUUUUCCCGUGAUCCGGUAUAUCGCAGUAAAUGGACUGCUGUUAUCAAUAAAACUAAAGAAAUUGAAUCAAAUCGUAACAGAGGAUAUAACAUCGAUUGUGGAAAGGAUCCAAAGUACCUUGCCCGUUCCUUACAAAAGCCAUGUGUGUCAAAUUAUUUUGGUUUGAGAACGACGCUUCGCGGAGCUUCUGCCGUGUGGGUGCAAACGUUUCUAGAUCAUGGCGGACUAGACUCGUUAUUUUUGGCACUUGAGAAUCUUGGAAAAAGACAAAACAUUUCCAGUGUUGUAAAUGCAUUCUUGCAGCUUGAAUGCAUGUUUUGUAUUCGAAGUGUUAUGAAUACAAAAACUGGCAUGGAUUUUAUUUUAAAAAAUAAGGAAUUAUCUCGUCUCCUCAUGCAAGCUUUGGAUACAGAUAAUGUGAUGCUGAAGAAACAAGUAUUUGAACUUCUUUCUGCUCUUUGUGUUUAUUCUGAAAUGGGAUACAAGAUGGCCGUUGAUGCUCUGUCGCACUAUAAGUCAACAAAAGGUCAACGUUAUCGCUUUAGUGUCAUCGUGAACGAGUUAAAGAAUGCAGAAAGUAGUUCGUAUAAAGCCACUUGUCUUGCAUUUGUCAACUCAAUUAUUAUCGCUAGUGAUCAAUUUGACGAGAGAGUUCGGAUAAGAAAUGAAUUUAUUGGUCUUCAGCUUCUGGAUAUAUUAGGUGAAAUUCGACAUACUGAUGACAACGAAUUAAGAAUUCAGCUGGAUGUAUUUGAAGAUGAACGUCUGAAGGAUGAAGAUGACUAUACCACACCAGAGGGCGUUGAUCUAAACAGUCACGUGGAUAUCUUCCAUGCUUUGUUGAAACAGAUCAGCAACAAACCUUACGCGACGAACUUUUUGCACAUUUUACAAAGUCUUUUGGCACUAACUGAAGAAGAUAACUUGGUUGAUGUGGUUUGGGAAACAAUUGAAAAGUUUAUCAAGCGAUGUUCCAACAUGAAAAGACAGGAACAAGGAGGCUUUUUGUUAAAUUCUGAACUAGAAAUGCUCAAAUCAAUGAUUUCAAAACAGUCAAAGGUAGAGAAUAUGGAGGCAUCCACUACAACAAUAUCGUCAACUCCACUCCCACCCAUGCCACCUCCAGGAACGGGAUUGAACACUCCAGCACCUGGAGCAUCAUCAUCAACUGUUCCUCCGCCUCCUCCUCCACCACCACCUGUGGGAGGAUCGAGUUCUUUCCUUUCUCCAUUUCCUGGAACUCCUGCCCCACCAUUCCCCCCUCCUCCUCCUGCGUUACCUGGCUCAGGCAUCCCUCCAUCACCCUUUCCAGGCUCUGUACCACCAACGGUCCCGCCUCCACCACCUUUGCCUGGAUCUGCAGGUCCUCCUGUACCACCUCCUCCUCCCUUUCUGGGAUCAGUGAUUCCUCCUCCUCCCCCUUUGCCAGGAUCUGCUGGUCCACCCCCUCCUCCACCAUUCCCUGGAUCAGCAAUUCCACCCCCUCCCCCUUUACCUGGAUCAACUGGGCCACCUCCCCCUCCACCAUUGCCUGGAUCGUCGGGACCAUGUAUUUGCACUCCAAUACCACGAUUUUUUCUUUCACCAUCGGUUAGCACUCCUUUAGGACAAAGUCCAGCGACACCCGUGUCCCCAUAUACUUCAGUUAUUCCCUUAAUUAAAGCUAAAUCCAAAAUGAGAAAAUUUCAGUGGGUUAAAAUACCUCCAACUAUUGUAUCGAAAAAUAAAGACUGUGUGUGGGUUAGUGUUUGGAAUUUCCCGCCAUUACAGGCGGAUUUUCAACUUGAGGAGGAACUAUUUAAGCAAAAACAAGUGGAAAAGAAAGCGAAAGCUGAAAACAAGAAAGCAAAGACUGAGAUCACAUUCCUAGACUCAAAACAGAGUUUGAAUAUUAAUAUUUUUCUGAGGCAUUUUAAAAUGCCUAUUGGCACAAUAGUGCAAGCUAUUAGACAAUGUGACGUUGAAAAAUUUGAUGUGGAAGACCUCAAAAGCUUGUUGAAGUUUGUUCCAGACAAAACAAUCGUUCAAACAUUGAAAGAUUUUAAUGAUGAUAAAGAGAAGUUAGGAUCAGCAGAAAGGUUCCUUUUUGGAUUAAUAUCAGUUCCAUUCUACCAGACUCGUAUUAAUAGUAUGUUACUGAAGAAUGAGUUCGCUGAGGCAAUGCAAAUUAUUAAACCUGGUCUCAAUGCAUUAGUAAAAGCUACAUCAGAUAUUUUGGAAAGCGAAGUUCUACCUGAAGUGCUACAACUUAUAUUGACGAUAGGAAACUUUUUAAAUGGAGACGGGCAUGCUGGAAAUGCAAUAGCGUUCAAGAUCACUUCGUUGUUGAAGCUUACAGACACUAAAGCAAAUAAACCAAGAAUGAAUCUCAUGCACUUUUUAGUUGAGGUGGCAGAAGCGAAACGUGCCCAAAUCCUUUCCUUCCCAGCAGCAAUGACGCAUUUAGAUAUGGCUUCAAAAGUAUCUAUCGAUUCUUUAUCUGCUGAUGUUCGGGAAUGGAACGAAAAAAUCAAUAAUAUUCGCAAAAAUGUGAAAAAAGCCGACGGCGACCUCAAGAACCUGAUGAACACCUUCUUGAAGGAAUGUGCAAAGGAAAUUGAAGAAAUUCAAGGACAAAUAAAAUCUGUUCAUAAACUUACAAAAGAAUUAACGCAUUAUCUCUGUGAAGAUGAAAACAAGCUAAAACUUGAUGAUAUCUUAAAUACUUUCAAGACGUUUUGUCUAAAUUUAACUAAAGCAGUAGAGGAUAAUGAGAAACGACGAGCACAAGAGGCAAAACGGGCAAAAGCAGAGAGCGAAAAGAACAACAAGAAAAAACGUAAAGAUGAUGUAAGAAGUACAUUAAAAUUUCAAGAAGACGAAUGUAUUGUUGAUAAACUUCUUAGUGAGAUACGUCAAGGAUUUCCUUUGAAGAAACGAAGGAGAACGAGUGUUGAUAAUAAAGAAGAUCCAGAAAAUUCUUCACCUCAGAUAGAGAAUAUGGAGUCGACGGAUGCCACAACUGAAGAACAUGGUUCUGGAAUUGAGAUGACCAGUUCGUAAUGGUUAAACCAAAUGGUUUCGCCGUUUCAUGACAGGCAGAUUUUGUACAAUGUGUACUUUAUACAUAAACAUCGUUGAUCGAGUAUUUCAUAUAUUUCAUGAUUAAAUUUGAUGCCUGGAACCGCAGUACCCAAUAAUGAGCAUUUGCAUUGUAUGAAGAUACCAUGCAGCUAAAUAAAUAGAAAUCAAAUGCAUAAUUAAAUGAACAAUUAUUAAAAGUAGCUUGCAAAAAGUAUAGAGAAUUGCAAAGAUACACCUGUAUUCUUCAUGUAUAUUUAACUCUAGUAAUGUAGUAGAUAAAGGAUAAAGCCAGACAAGGAUGUUCGUAUUGUAAACUGUAAUGUAAUAUUUUUAUAAAA